AUGAAGACCUUCUCGGACAUUCCGCCCGAGCUUUGCGAGAUGGUCAUCGCCCAUCUAACGCCAGAGGAAGACAACCGCUUCAAGCCAGGAUCCAAGGCAGAUCUUCAAAAUGCCAAUCUGACAUGUCGAGCGUUUCAUGCCUGGGUCACCAAGUACCUGUUCCGCGACAUGGUCCUCAUCGUCGUCGACAUACAGCACGUCCCGAAACUUCUUCGUUUCGCCGAGGAGAAGGAAGAUCUUGCCAAGCAUGUCCAGAACGUACAGGUCCAGAUCCCUCCCGGUAUGCGCUGGGAGAUCGGCAUGGGCGAUGCCGACACUGUCCGCGAUUCCACUACGGAGCGACUUCUAAGUCACUUCGGGGUUACUGGACGUGCUGGUUUGACUGCGCAGCAGAAGGUCUUCUGUGCACGGUACCAUGAGGCCCUCGUAUGGCCGUUCUUCAAGGUGGACUGGUUCCUACUCCUCAACCACGCUGCUGCUGUCUCCAAAGAGACGCUCAAGUUGCUCCCGAAUCUCGAGUACGUCGAAGCCGGCAUAUGCGAGCGCGAGAACCUUCCAUGGCCGACGAUGACACAGCGUUUCAUCAAGAAGUACGGUGCGGACAUCGUCAAUGCAACAAACCCUCCGUACGAGAUUAGUCGCAUUCCGAACGUCGCCUGCUUGAGCAACAUCCUAGUGGUAUCCAUACCCAGACGUGUCAAAGAACUCCACGUAACCGGCGCAAAUCUCAGCGAUGUGCGCGAAUGGGCUACCAUCAACCGACUCCUUACGUUUUCGUACCAGCUGUACGAUGAUACUAUCAAUCAAGCCAAGCUCGACAAAAUCGAACGCUUCACGCUCAACAUUCGCGGAGCUCCCGGUGUUCAGAGGACGAGCCACGCGGGUGUUGCCGUUCACCCGAAUGACAUUGGCUCUCCAAGCAUGAUGAACUACUGGAAGCAAAUCGUGUGGAGCCUGCCAAAUUUGAAGCAUCUCCGGGUAAUCGGACACUGGUCGCAAGGAGCGGACACGCAUGCCGCUGAUCCAAAUCGUGUGAAUCCACUGCCGAAAGCUUGCCUACUGGAUCUGUUCGUCCCACAGGACACAAGUCCACCCCGGUCCAUCUAUCUGCACGAUUUCAUUGUUCACCAAGACACGCUCGAAAGGCUUGUUCUCAGCUACCCAGGCGUUCUCGAGCGAUUAACCCUCUCCCACAUCACUCUUAAGUGCGCCGCCGGCAGGACUUGGAUUGACUUUGUGGAGCGCAUGGCCGACCUGAACUGCAAUGUUGAGAUCGAAGUGGUUGGUCCACUCUACAUCUGGGCGUCUCAGACUUGGAAGGGUUGCAAGCCCGUGCUCGUGAGUGAGGAGGAGGCACGAUAUCGUCCUGAGAUCCUUCCUGCGCAACCUUCCAACGAACCUCUCGGACUGUCCAAGGGCGACUUAUGGAGCGAUGACGAAGAGCUGCGACAAGAAGUGGCUACUGAUAUGCAUGCUCAGUCAGACUCCGACAUGAUGGACAGCGACUUGGAAUAG